AUGGGCAAUUUUCGUCAUCAUAGUUUUUGCAGUAAUGGCAUAUAUUUACUACUUCAAAAAACCCACAGUAUUGUACCACCGACAAGUUCGGGUUGUCGAGGUAGAGGCUUCAGGAAAUGGAGGCACGGAUCGGCCGGUAAACACAGAUCAUUUGCCAUAUUAAAAUCUUAUAAAAACGUAAUAGUAGAUAUAGAGAGGUGCCCAGAUUCCAACAACCUGGUAUGUGGACGUGUUGAAAGAUUCGAAUACAAAAUGCCUCCGCCUGAUAAGUAUGAACUCCCACGCAAAAAUAUCAAAAUUAUCGAUGACGCUGGGGCAGGUCAUUUCGGCAAGGUGUACAAAUGCAGAGCCAAACGCUUACCAGGAUCAACCGAAAAAUACACGACCGUCGCGGCUAAAACAUUAAAAGAUGGAUACGGAGACAAAGAACUCAAGACCUUUGUAAUGGAACUUCACGUCUUAAAGACACUGAAGCAACAUACAAAUGUUUUGAAAUUCUUAGGGUGCUGCUCACAAGCAGGUGACCUUUUACUAAUUACCGAAUUCGUCUCACAAGGCGAUUUACUGAAUUACGUAAAAAGUCAUCAGCUGGAGCAACACCUGAUACCAGUUUACAUGAAGCAAGUCGUUCAUGGAAUGCAGUUUCUUCAUGUAAAUGGGUUAGUACAUCGUGAUUUAGCCGCAAGGAACGUCCUCGUUGAUGGAGAAGAAGGAAAUCUGACGAUGAAGAUUUCUGAUUUUGGAUCAACGAGGGCGUUUGACCAGGGUCGCAGUUACAUCUGGACAACAGCCACUGUAUUGAACUUCAGAUGGAUGGCUCCAGAAACAGAGAGAACCAAAAUAUUUUCUGCAGCAUCCGACUUGUGGUCCUUCGGAGUUCUGCUUUGGGAAGUUAUGUCGAUGGGAAAGGUACCCUUCUCUGACAUAACUGACCGACCAGAGCUCCUAGAGAUUUUAGAGAAGCACUUUUUCAUGGAGAAACCCGAAAAUUGUCCGGAUCGAAUAUAUGAUAUUAUGGUAGGAUGCUGGCAGCUGGACCCAGCUUCAAGAUUAAAAUCUGAACGUGUCUUGACCAUGCUACAAGAAAUCAUGGAUGAAGAGAAUGCGGAUGCCCCAUGA